GUCGGUGCCCACAGGCCACAGCCACAGGUCGGCCGCCGCCGUCUUCCUCGCGGGGGCGCGUCGCGUGUCCGAAAACAUUCUGCACCGGCCAGCCGCUCUCUCAAGUAUUUUCGCCGGUGGAAAGAAAACUGCAGGCGAAGCCAAACCCUGCGGCCAGCAGCUUCCGCCCGCGUGGUGGUUGCUUGUAUAAAAGCCGGCCGUUGUGCGCAAGCGUCCGCCUCUCAAACUUGUUCUCCCCAAGUAAACCACUUCAGUUUCGCCUUUCGAGUGUUACACUGUGUUCGACCACGUUUCGAUCGAGCUACCGUCUUCGUCUCCGUCCAUGGCGAGAGCCGCCUCCGUCUUCGUCUUCUUCGUCGUCGUCGUCGGCGGCGUGUCGGCGCCUCUGGUGUCCGGCUGCGACAGGUGCGUGCGGCGGUCCAGGGCCGGCUUCCGCGACUCGUCGCUGGCGCUCAACGCCGGUUCUUGCGGGUAUGGCUCCCUCGCCGCGUCCUUCAACGGCGGCCUCCUCGCCGCCGCGAGCCCGACGCUGUUCAGAGGCGGCGUCGGCUGCGGCGCCUGCUUCCAGGUGCGGUGCAAGGACGGGAAGCUGUGCAGCACGGCGGGCGCCAAGGUGGUGGUGACGGACGAGGCGCGGUCGACGAACCGCACCGACCUCGUGCUGAGCGCCGCCGCGUACGCCGCCAUGGCCCGCCCCGGCAUGGCCGCCCAGCUCACGGCGCGCCGCGCCGUCGACGUCGAGUACAAGAGGAUACCGUGCGAGUACGCAGCUGGACGCAACCUGUCGAUACGCGUGGAGGAGAAGAGCCGGCCGCCGCGCGAGCUGUCCAUCAGGUUCCUCUACCAGGGCGGCCAAACCGACAUCGUCGCCGUCGACGUCGCCACGGUCGGGUCGUCGAACUGGAAGUUCAUGACGCGGGAGUACGGGCCGGCGUGGAGCACGAGGCAGGCGCCGGCGGGGCCGCUGCAGCUGAGGAUGGUGGUGACCGGCGGGUACGACGGGAAGUGGGUGUGGGCCGAUACGGAGGUGCUGCCGCGGCGGUGGAUGGCCGGCCGGGUGUACGACACCGGCGUCCAGGUCACCGACGUCGCGCAGGAAGGGUGCUACCCGUGCGACACGCAGGAGUGGAAGUGACCGACAGCACCGCCAUCUCAAUUACUAGAAAACUGUACAGUCCAUUUUUUCCUUUUGGUGCUUUCCUUUUCCUUUUUCUCUUCUCCCGUUUCUGGGACGCACAUUGAGCCGAGUAGAGUUAGCCCAAAAUCCCAAUGAAAACAAGUUGCCCUCU